AUGAGCAUGAAAAUUUUUCAAUAUCUUCUUCUGCAAGUUUUUGCGCACGGAAAUGUCUUCAAACUCAAGAGUUUCUCUCCUGAUGAUGCAGUUGCUGGAGCAGCGAAUUACGACAAAAGGGGUCCGUUUUUCAAAGCGGCCAUGAAAAACAUGCAAAAACGCGGCCUCGCAUUCGAUUUCGACCUCUCCGAUUAUUACCGCCAGCCGAAAACUAAGCGUGGUCUUUCAUUACUUAGCUCCGAUCUAGCCGACUAUUUCAACUCGCCAUUCCCGACGAAACGCGGUCUCGGCUACGGAGCACCAAUUUUUGACGAUUUCUACGAUUCUGACUUUACGCAAAAACGAGGAAUUGAGGAUUUGAUCAGCGGACUUGCUCCUGCCAACGGUGGAGACAACGAAGAUGUCAAGCCGAAAAUCAGGCUUUAUCGACGAUUCCAGCCAGACGAUCCAGAGACAUUGGACGCUCUCAUGAAAACUUACUUUCAAAAUUGA